UCACACACACUCUCACGAACACACACUCUCAGACACACACACACUCUCAGACACACACACACUCUCACGGACACACACUCACACACACACACGGACACACACACACUCUCACACACACACACACAGUGUGCCGGUGUUUCACCCGUCAGCAGAGUCGGUGUCGGUGCAGAGUGUCGGUGUCGGUGCAGAGUGUCGGUGUCGGUGCACGCGAUGGCGGACGCGCCGCCGAUUGUUUGUUAGUUUGUUUAUUUAUUGAUUGUUGUCGUGACGCACGCGCUCUGAAUCCUGAUCCUCACCAUCAGAAAACCAGAGAAGAUCCGAAGUUGGACGUCGUGACGCUUUUUGUGCGCGCGCGCGCGCGUGUGUGUGUGUGUGUGUGUUUUCCCUGAUGAUGCUGUAGAAGGAUGUCGGAUUGUGGAAAAUGGAGCUGCGCAGGUGACAACCGGAGCUUUUAAAGAAGAAGAAAAAAGAUAAGAAAGAAGAUAAAAGAAGAAUAAAAUCCGCAGAGAGAGAGAGAGAGAGAGAGAGAUGUAUGGCCGAUACACUCAGGAGCUCGGCACCUGCGCCAAAGAGGAAGUGACUCGCUUUCGGGCUGCCGGGAUUCGAAACCAAACUCCGGAUCAGCUGGAAUACGAAAAGGAUCCGUGUGUCAAGUGCCAGCUGUGCACAUCGCGGUGUCAGAAGUUCCUGAUUUCCCGUGUAGGUGAGGACUGGAUUUUCCUCAUCCUCCUGGGGCUGGUGAUGGCAAUGGUCAGCUGGGUGAUGGACUACACCAUCGCCUUCUGUCAGCAAGCACAGAAGUGGAUGUACGGAGGACUGGACAGUAACCUGCUUCUGCAGUACCUGGCCUGGGUUGCAUAUCCUGUGGUCCUCAUUACCUUCUCGGCAGGGUUUACGCAAAUUCUUGCACCUCAAGCAGUGGGGUCUGGGAUUCCAGAGAUGAAGACGAUCCUUCGUGGUGUGGUGCUGAAAGAAUACCUGACUUUUAAAACCUUUGUGGCAAAAGUUAUUGGUUUGACUUGUGCCCUUGGUAGCGGUAUGCCACUGGGCAAAGAGGGUCCGUUUGUCCACGUUGCAAGUCUGUGUGCGGCCCUCCUGAGCAAAUUCAUGGCCCUGUUUGGAGGAAUCUACAUGGUGAGAGGCGAAGAACCGUUCGAGGGAACCAAGAAUGAGUUGAGGAACACAGAAAUGCUCUCUGCGGCGUGUGCCGUUGGAGUCGGCUGCUGCUUUGCUGCUCCUAUUGGAGGUGUGCUGUUUAGUAUUGAAGUGACGUCUACGUUUUUUGCUGUGAGAAAUUAUUGGAGAGGAUUUUUCGCAGCAACGUUCAGCGCCUUCAUCUUCAGAGUGCUGGCCGUAUGGAACAAAGAUGAAGAGACGAUCACGGCUCUGUUCAAAACGCGAUUUCGUCUGGAUUUUCCCUUCGAUCUCCAGGAACUCCCAGCCUUCGCUGUUCUGGGUAUUGCGAGUGGAUUCGGAGGCGCGCUGUACGUUUACCUGAACAGGCUGAUCGUCGAGUCGAUGAGGAAACAGAAAACCAUCAAUAAGUUUUUGCUAAAAAAGCGGUUGGUGUAUCCUGCAGUUGUCACUCUUCUCAUAUCGACUCUCACUUUCCCUCCAGGAUUUGGCCAGUUCAUGGCCGGAGAGCUCACGCAGCACGAGUCGUUAGUGGCGCUGUUCGACAACCAGACGUGGUACAAGCAGGGCAUGUCCGAGGAGUUUGAGUUCUCGAGUCAGCCUCAGGCCUGGAAACACCCGCAGGUCAGCGUCUUCAUCACCCUCCUCCUCUUCAUCAUCAUGAAGUUCUGGAUGUCAGCCGUUGCGACGACGAUGCCAGUCCCGUGCGGCGCCUUCAUGCCUGUUUUCCUCAUAGGUGCUGCUUUUGGUCGUUUGGUGGGUGAAAGCAUGGCAGCCAUGUUCCCUGAAGGCAUUCACAGCGACAGCACCGUAUAUCCCAUAGUUCCCGGCGGCUACGCUGUUGUAGGUGCUGCAGCACUUUCCGGAGCUGUCACACACACCGUGUCCACAGCAGUGAUCGUGUUCGAGUUGACUGGUCAGAUCUCACACAUCCUGCCCGUGAUGAUCGCCGUGAUUCUGGCCAACGCUGUGGCUCAGAGCCUCCAGCCAUCGCUGUACGACUCCAUCAUCAGGAUCCAGAAACUUCCGUACCUCCCGGAACUGGGCUGGGGCCAGGAGAAGUAUAACAUCCGAGUGGAGGACAUCAUGGUGCGAGACGUACGUUACAUCACGCUGUCCUCGACGUACCGGGACGUGCAGGAGGCCCUGGUGACCGGGCAGCUGAAAACUCUCGCUCUCGUGGAGUCGAAAGAGUCAAUGAUCCUGCUCGGCUCUAUCGAGCGUUCUCAGCUCCAGUUUUUGCUCUCGGAGCAGCUCGGUCGCGGCCGACGGUUGGAGUACUUGAGAGAACGAGCGCAGGACAACGGCGCCCACGUCCCCUCGUCGCUUUCGCAGAAUUCUUCACCGAAACCUGGUCGCGGCGUUCGCUUCCUGAUUUCCACAGAGGAAUCCUCAUUCAGUCCGACGCUCACCAACUCCCAGAUUCCCCUCAAGUCUGCGCUGAAGACCGUGUCGUCCAUCAGCAACACCGACACCCUGAACAGUUCUCCAAGUCCAUCCUGUGGAGAACCGGUGAAGGAGCAGGUGGAGGAAGCCCCCAAUGUUGAGGAUGACAUGUCCACAACAGAGAUAGCUGAGUGGGAGGAGCAACAGCUGGAAGAAGCCGUCUGUUUUAACAACUGCAAGAUAGACCCCGCCCCCUUCCAGCUCGUCGAACGCACGUCUUUACACAAAACGCACACCAUUUUCUCGCUGCUCGGUCUGGAUCACGCUUACGUCACGAGCACCGGGAGACUCGUCGGAGUCGUCUCGUUAAAAGAGCUACGCAAAGCCAUCGAGGGCUCCGUAACAGUCACAGGCGUGAAGGUCCGCCCCCCUCUGGCCAGUUUCCGUGACAGCGGCACCAGCAGCAGCGUUUCUGAGGUAACCGAGCUCCACAAGCUCUGGAGUCGCCACAAGAGCCUGUCAUUGCCGCGGGAACCCAAAACAGCUGCUGAGCUCUGCGAUGAGCUGGAGCAUGCGUCUGAGAGCAGCAUGCUGAACGAGACAGACUGCACUGAGGUCCUACACAGCGAGGACCAAACAGAAGCCUCCGUGGAGGAGGAGACCCAGUCAGAGCUCGAGAACUUUUCAGAAAACUUCUCUGAACCGACCGAAGAAAACAGCUCGGGACAAAACGAGGAACUAAAGUGCGAGAUUAAUCCGGAAAACACGGAGGACCAGCCAGAAUGACAGCUGCUGUUGUUCGUUAAUGUGCACUAACGAGUCAAAUGUACUGGGACGUCCAUGCACACGACCCUGCCUUCACACUCACAAGCGACAAAAUGGAAAGAUAUCGCCACUUCAUGUUACAAUAAUUAGAAUCUAAAUAAUUAGCAUUGCUGAAUUCCAGUCUAAACCUGUAGGUAGGUGGUGUCACACUGGAUUCUUUUCCAGUGCCAAUAAUGCUAAGAAAUUGGCCAGAAUGCCAGCAGGUACUAUUGUUACUGUUACUAAUAAAAGUGACUGAAAAUUAAUAACUAACUGAUUUUGGACUGGAAAAGCAGAUGGUUAAUAUUUCAUAUGGAUAAAUAGCUGUGUGGUGGAACACUCACCAAUCUGGGAGUUUAAAGGCUAACAUGAAGAAAUGCUAAUGAUAACAGGCGCUCACAGCUGUUAAUGUAACAUCAUGUAAUAUUAACAAUAUUCAAAUAAGUUAAACAUAAAUUUAAAAAAAACCCACAGUAAUAUAACCUAAAACCACAUGGGCGUGACCUGAGCAUCUUGUCGCUUUCCAGUGUGAAUGCUGGGUGAAUUCAGGGUCGAGGAUGAAAGUAUAAACAGCAAGGCACACUCAGUACACCGAGCCCGCUCGCGUCCAAGUGAGAACCGAAUGUAUAGAUGCUGUUGCAUAAAUGAUAUUUAAUAGGCAUGUGCCGAUGUUAUCAGAUAUCAUCACAACAUCAUAAUGGAGACACAGCUGAUAACCAGAAUGAUGGGCUUGCUACCUUUCAGCUGUCCUUGGGCUGUUCUCCAAUUGGACAUGCUUUAUUUCAAGAGCACAAACGCUGGCCCAAAAAAAAAAAAAGCAGCCUUAUCCAGGCCGGGUGCCAAUAUUUUUAAGCAGCUACGAUGACAAAUAUUACAAUAGGCCGUACAACUGAUUAUCGGAGCAUGGCUAUGUGUAUGCAUCAGAAUGAAUAUCAGAUUAUGAAAAGAGCUGUGUGUGUGUGUGUGGGUAACUGAAGUGUGUGACUCAGCUGCACACCGAACCCACGUCCCCCAUCUGGAGCUGACACUUUUCAUCUGUCUCGGAGAGCUAAGCUACAAUUUGUCUCUAAAUUUAGCCACUUAAUCGGUGCAGUGACGAUCAGAGAGGAGAAAAGAUGCAACGAAACAGACGGAGAGAUAAAGAACGGCGUGAAGAGGAAGAGGAGAGAUGGAACAAAAGAGAAACAACAAGCGAGCAAGGUGAAAGGACAGAAAUUUUUCAGCACGUUGUAAUUAGCGUGUGGUCAACGGAACACACACUAGCAGAGAGUGGGCGUAAAUCAGGCAGUUUAAUGAAACAUGAUUAACACACACACACACGAAUGAUGUUACAAAGGACCUUUCGCAUGCACUGCAUGUAUUUCCACAGGAACCGGCCCAGACAGGAACCAACAGAUCUCGGGAACAGAGUUCUAGAUCAUUUCUCACCAUUACCAUAGCACCUGGGUCAUCAUUGCAACACAACUUCACUAUCAACAUUUAAGUCACUUGUAGUAGACGCACUCAGAGUCACAUUGUUCCUUCGUCUGAUUGGAACAGCUCUUUGGUUCGCCAGCUCAUAUCGGCAGAAAAAAUGUGGGUAAAAAUAUAAAUUAUUUUAUUUAAUCUGUGAUUGUUCAACUACAUAAUUACCACAAAUCCUUUCAAUUAAAACCUGGUGAGGUUAACAAGCUAGUGACACUCUUCUGUGGUUUUUAGCAACACACAAAAACUUAUGAUUAAAGAACAAAAAAAAUGUUAAGGUUAGCUCACAAACAAUAACCUCUCAUUGUAACUUAGGUGAACUAGCAACGUCCCCCGUAGUACCGUAGUAAUUAACGACGACUGCUCGUCAACAAAAAUACAAUUAAUGAAAACGUUAUCUUUGUGCUACAGUUUCAAAGUUGUUCCAUUUUUCAGCAGGUUUGCUAUGUUAGCUAGCUAAAUUUUCCUAGCUAACAGGAAGUUAAUUUAUUGUUAACAAAAUUACAA